UUGUUUAUCAAGUGCUCUUAUUCCACUUAUUCACGUAAGGUUUUUGUGCAUAGUGACGUCAAAACGGAAUCCCAUAUUCUUCCACAUUAUAGGUUUCAAGAAGGCUUUUCAGUACGUCCCUCAAGCAGCAGUGAAAAAUAUGAUAUUUCCACUUGCGGUCCAGUGUGUGUGUAUUCCGGAUUUGGUCGGACAUUUGAGAGGAUCAAUCCUGGCGAAGAAAUUGCAAUCACAGUUUUUGGCAGGCGAGGUGUCGGCAAAACAUCAUUGCUGUGCUAUGGCACCCCUAGAGCUUUGAAUCGGAGUGAGCUUCUCAAGCAGGUCUGCUCCAAGUUUCCCGUUCCAUCACUGUUAAGGAACUUCGUUGGCGCUGGCUGGUCAGAAGAAUGCCUGGUGCGUAUUGAACAGCAUUGUUACCGUUUGUGUACCCGCAACAAAUUCUAUUUAUUUAGAUUCAAGAUGCUACCACUAGCCUUUCGUUUAGCGUAG